UUGCAAACGAUCUUCAUCAAAGACCCAUCUUAUUCUUAACUGUGGCGGAUACCACUGGCCAAGCCAAGAUCACUGGCCAAGCCAAGAUCACAGUGUCCCAGAUUCGAAAAAGAAGCCAGAACAUCAAUCCUUCACGUUGGAAUAUGGCGGCACCGAACGGGGCAAACGGGACCCAGCGGCACCGCUUCCUAAUUUGGGGUGGUGAUGGUUGGGUUGCGGGACAUCUCAAGACCCUACUAGAGAAGCAGGGCAAGGAAGCACAUGCGACGACCGUUCGGAUGGAAAACCGCGAGGCCGUCAUUCAGGAACUCGACCGUAUCCGGCCAACCCACGUCCUUAACGCAGCGGGCUGCACUGGGCGCCCCAACGUCGACUGGUGCGAGGACAACAGGGAGGCCACCAUCAGAUCCAACGUCAUCGGCACGCUGAAUCUGGCCGACUGCUGUCUCCUUCAGGGCAUCCACUGUACCGUCUUCGCCACCGGGUGCAUCUACCAGUACGACGAGACGCAUCCUUGGGACGGGCCGGGCUUCCUCGAGACCGACCCAGCCAACUUUGCCGGCAGUUUCUAUUCCAUGACCAAGGCGCAUGUUGAAGAGAUCAUCAAGCAUUACAACAACUGCCUGAUUCUGCGAUUGCGCAUGCCGGUCUCGGACGACCUGCACCCGCGGAAUUUCGUGACCAAGAUCUCCAAGUACGAGCACGUGGUGGACAUUCCAAACAGCAACACGAUCUUGACGGAUUUGCUCCCGGCGUCAAUCCUACUGGCUGAGAACGGCGAGGUGGGAGUCUACAACUUCACGAACCCUGGGGCAAUCUCGCACAACGAGGUGCUCGCCUUGUUCCGCGAUAUCGUGCGCCCGUCGUAUACGUGGAAGAACUUUAGUCUCGAGCAGCAGGCCAAAGUCAUCAAGGCCGGCCGCAGCAACUGCAAGCUGGAUACUACCAAGCUGGUAUCAAAGCUGAAGGAAUAUGGUUACGAGCUCCCCGAGGUCCAUGAGGCUUACCGAAGGUGCUUUGAGCGAAUGAAGGCUGCAGGGAUCCAGUAGAUAAGAUGAAUCCAAGACUCAACAACGAGGCUAUAAUGUUCCGUGUAUGUCCGAUCAGAUGUUAAUCAAUCGCGUUGACAUCGAGCCACGCUCCAUCCAGUAUGGACAUACCUGUAUUCGUGGUUGACAGGUCUCGGAAACAAAGACGGACUUCGGCAUGAAGCGACCCCGCUGACACCCCCACUGACGACUCGCCCACCACAGCCCACCACCACAGACCGGAGUUUUCCGUGGCUGAGAUACGUAAUUUGGCUUGGUUCCUGCCUGGCUUUUGCACCCACUUUCGU